AUGAAAAGUGCCAAAGUUCGGCAAAAGAAUCGAGAACCGGAUUUCGCUAUUCCCAGUGUAACUGUAAACCUAGCACUCCAAGUGGUUCCACUGGCAGAGGCUAAAACGCUACUAGAACAAAUCAAUGAUCCAAUCCAUUUGCGAAACGCUUUAGAUCGAUAUUUUUCCAGCUCGCAACAAGGAUCUGUUCAUAGACCGAAACGUCUCGGUGCACACGGUCCCAAAGAGCGACAGAACAAAAAUGAAACGGGUGAGAAUCACGUGACAAUGGAUAAAUCCGAACGAAUUACAAACCCAAUGCUGGAUCAGCAAACAUCAAUUCAUCUACCGGGAGAAUUCAAACCGGAGACCGAUUUGUGGUAUGCCGCGCUGUUGGAUUACUUGAUGGAAGCCGUGUACUGGGCUGUAAAUGAAUGGAUUCCAGGAUGUCAUGAUGAUUACCCGGAUAAAAUUGAACAUUCUACUCCGCCUGAACAUGGCUACUAUUCCUGUCUGAUUAGUGAAGAACAACCGGGUCUGAAAAUGCCCGAGGAUGAGAAACCGCUCGCUAUUGCACUGGUACUGGCCACAUUAUUAGUACUGAUUGGGUAUGUACAACACCAAUCAAAGAAUCAGAACAAAUCAUCUGCCGAAUUGACAUCACAAAGCAGUGCUGAAUCCUCAAGUCUCGUACAGACUAUACGUUUAUUGAAGAAUUUCUUUCAAACUAUUCCCCAACCAGAUCGAAAGUUAGAUUAUCGGACUGCGGAAUUGGACGAAUUCGAGCGGCAUCAUCAAGGAAUGCUAGGCGCGCUAAAUGUCAAAGCAUCCAUACGGAUUAUUCAAUUUUUGGCAGCAAACUUUUUACACAUAUAUCGCUUGAUUGAACAUUGCUUUGGAAUGUCCGACGCUAAUCGUAAAAGUUUGAUGGAAAUCUCCUGUCACCGUCCAAUACACACACUUCCGCAAACAUUCAGCUCCAUCCGAUCAAUCUGGCCUCCACCUUUAUGCGAGGCAUUACCUCUAAGUCUAAUUGCCAACUACGUCAAUUUGUUUGACGAACGAGUAACCAAAUGGUUACCAUGUUUACCGCCACCAGAUAGUACGGCAACGGACACGCCGGUAUCCGGAACAGUUAGUCCAACAGAAGCCAAGGAACAGACUGUGGAUGAGACCAGUAUCCAAUCGGUUGUAGCUGAUCCGUGGGAAAAGUAUAUCACCGCACUGGAUGCGAUGAGUCGUGAACAUUGGGAAGCAAUUGCUGCGGUGUCCGAUGUCCAGGCCCAAGAUGCGGUUCUGUUUGUACUGUCCGAGUUGAAAACAGCUUGUGAUACAUCUGGACGAACAAAAAUUGUCGAACAGCUCCGAGAAUCUCAAAUCCACUUGGCCAAACGAUUGGUAGAUCGAGCUAAGUGCAAGCUGGAAGAAGAGACUGGUAAAUGA